GCUCCAUUUUUUACGGCAUUACAAUAAAAAAAAAAAAAAAGAAGAAGCAAUUAUUAAUCCGAAAAUCGAAAAUAAUAAAAAAAUUGCACUGAGAGAGAGCGAAGAAAAGAAAGACAAAGAGGGAAGAGAAAGGAAAAGAGAAAUAAAGAGAGAGAGAGAGAGAGAGAGAGAGAGAGAGAGCUUUGAGUAUUGCUUGGAGUUAUAAUUUGGUUAUUUUGUGUGUUCGUGUUUCCUUUCCUUUGUUUUUUAUUCUUUCUGGUUUGUUGUGGUUUAGCGGCGAGAAACCCCAGCCGAGCAAACGAAAGGCGAAGAGAAGGCGAAGAGAGAGAGAGAGAGAGAGAGAGAGAGGGAGAGAGAGCCGUCUUGGCGGUCUCAGAUCUGAGGGUUUUCGAAGGGGGCUGCAACAGAAUGAGUGGGAAAGGAGGAGGAGGAAGCAAUGGCAAGGGCAAUAAUGGAAUAUCAGGUAUUCCAGCCGCCUCAAGGAAGAUGGUUCAGAGCUUGAAGGAGAUUGUUCACAACUGCACCGAGCAGGAGAUCUAUGCCAUGCUCAAAGAUUGUAACAUGGACCCUAACGAAGCUGUUAAUCGUCUCCUCGCUCAAGAUCCUUUUCAUGAAGUGAAGAGCAAGCGAGAAAAGAAAAAAGAGAAUAAGGAUACAACAGAUUCCAGGUCUCGUGGUGCUAAUAACACUUCCAACCGUGGCGGUAGGGGUGGUGCGGAACGAUAUGUUGGACGUGGUGGUACAAACCAGUUCAACUCUACUGAGCUUGGUGCCUUUCAUGGUAAAUCUGCAUACAAGAAGGAAAACGGAACACAUGCUUAUGUAGGAGCUUCAUCUUCAGCAUCCACCGUGGCUGGAAAUAAUCCAAGCCGGCGACCUCCAUCUUACAGUGAUUCUGUAGCCAUAGAAAAUAAGACGUCUGCGGUAGGUACAGGAGAUGGUUUAUCAUCAUCUUCACAGCCUUCUGGAUUUCAGUCUGCUUGGUUGGGGGUACCAGGUCAAGUUUCAAUGGCAGAUAUUGUUAAAAUGGGUAGACCACAAGCAAAGGCUUCUGCCAUGCCAAACUCUUCCAUCCACAGUGUCAAUCAUCAAAAUGUUCCCACACCUCCUUCAGGAGCUUUGCAUUACAAUUUGCAUUUAACACAAGAUCAUGGUUCCAAAGUUUCAGAGAUGCAUGGUGAGGCAGGGAUUGUUUCAAGCCAGGAUAUUGCUGCUGAUGAUGAGUGGCCCUCAAUCGAGCAGCCACCAGCUGUUAGUUUGUCCUCUGUUGUAGAGGCACCUGCUGACUCUGUGCUGUAUGCAGAUUCAUCUAAUUUGCCCAUGGCUAGAUCUAAUCAGCACCUAUCCCAGUUAGAUGAUGUUCAGGUGGCAGAAGAUGGUCCUGCUGAGACACUUAAUCCAAACUAUAUAGCACCUGCGUCUGUAUCUGGUCGAAAUAUACAAGAGGAUGAAUCUGGAGGUGCCCCUGCUUUUGAUAACGACUUGUACAAGGACAUGACUUCCUACCAACAACAUGGGCAUGCUUUUGAGCAUAAUGAAGCUGAAGAGAGUGCUUCGUCAGUGGCAACAAACUUACAGCAACUUAAUUUAGAGAAGGAUGGUGUGGGAGCACCAUGUGAAGAGGACGGCCCUUCUGUAGUAAUUCCAAAUCACCUACAACUACAUACUCCAGAAUGCCUGCACCUGAGCUUUGGAAGCUUUGGAUCCGGCUCUAAUGCUGCUCUUUCUGGCUCUGGCUCUGGCUCUGGUUCAUAUACCUCUAGGCCAUUGAAAAGUAACUUGGAGGAGGCAUCUACGACAGUGGAUGUCUCUGCAAUUGGGCACUCAGACUCAAGAAAUCCUGAAUAUUAUGAUGAUGAGCAUCUAAGGAGUACCUCAGAUGGAAAUUUGAUUCAUAGACCUGGGCCAGGUGCUGGGGAUUAUGAGUCUUCUCCAGCUUCACAAGCAGAGGUCUUGAAACAGGAAACCCCUGAAGCUGCUCAGGGAAAUCAAUAUUCAUUUCCUUCUGCUGCACCUGGAUUUAAUUAUGAAGGUUCUCAGCAGUUGAAUGUUCCCUUUACUCAUCCGCAGACAAGCUCACAGAUGCAGAAUCUUGCUUCUUUCUCCAGUGUAAUGCAGGCGUAUACAAAUUCAUUGCCAAGCACUUUGUUAACUUCAACUGUUCAGACUCCAAGAGAGGAUCUUCCAUACUCACCCUUCCCUGUUACGCAAUCAAUGCCCACAAAAUACAGCAAUGUGGCUUCUUCUAUCAGUGGGCCCACGAUAUCCAUGCCAGAGGGUCUGAGAGCAGGGAGUAUUUCUACACCUCAGCCAACCCAACAGACCCUGCCUGGUGCUAACGUUGCUACAGGACCUGCCCUUCCACAACAUCUUGCUGUGCAUCCUUAUUCUCAACCCACUCUUCCUUUGGGACAUUUUUCCAAUAUGAUUGGUUAUCCCUUCAUGCCACAGAGCUACACAUAUUUGCCAUCAGCAUUCCAGCAAGCGUUUGCUGGUAACAGCACAUACCAUCAGUCUCUGGCUGCAGUGCUUCCACAGUAUAAAAAUAGUGUUUCUGUCAGCAGCUUGCCUCAGUCUGCUGCUGCUGCAGCUGUUGCCUCCGGAUAUGGGUUUGGAAGCUCAACAAGUAUUCCUGGAGGAAACUUUCCUUUGAAUCCUCCCACAGCACCUACAGGCACUACUAUAGGCUAUGACGAUGUAUUAAGUUCACAGUACAAGGAUGCUAACCAUUUGAUUUCACUUCAGCAGAAUGAGAACUCAGCCAUGUGGGUUCAUGGUCCGGGCUCCCGGGCAAUGUCUGCUGUCCCGGCUAGCACAUACUAUGGUUUCCAGGGGCAAAAUCAGCAACAUGGUGGAUUCCGACAAGGCCAGCAGCCUUCGCAGCAAUUUGGGGCCCUCGGUUAUCCGAAUUUCUACCACUCACAGGCAGGGAUAUCUCUGGAACAUCAGCAACAAAAUCCAAGGGAUGCAUCCCAUGCAUCCCUUGGUGGCUCACAAGGCCAACCCUCUAAGCAGUCCCAACAGAUAUGGCAAAACAGUUACUAAUCACGGACACCUCCUGAUUUUUCGGGGUCCUGUAGUGAGCUUAGAAGUGGCCAAUCGGAGGCUUAUGUGCGGUCAUAAUAAUUAAUGUAACAUUAUUUGGUCUGAAGAGACCAUGACUGGCUGCUGCCCUGUGCCACGAGGUUGUAUUCUACAUAUUUAUUUUCUGCUUCUGUUUAACGUAGGAACAUGUGUGCUAAUUUGGGCUAGUUGAGUCACGUUCUUUUUUCUUUUUUCGUUUUUCUUUUUUUUUAACCCUUUGUUUCUAAUGUUCUCUCUUCUUGCUUUAUUGUUUUAUGGUAAAUGAGUUGGUUUUAUUCGGAUAGUUAUUACCAGUUAGAAUCAACCAACAUUUUACUCC